AUGAAUGAAGAAUAUUUAUUUGAUAAAAGUCUUUUGGAAAAAUUAGACUUUCAACCUGCCAAAAAUGUUUUUAAUCCAUUUAUAAGUGCUGGCAAUCCUGGCAAAGGCCUUUGUGUUAGACCUCUUUCCACUGGUGAUUACGAUAAAGGAUUUAUGGAACUUUUGGGUCAAUUAACAGAUUCUGGUCAUCCGACAAAAGAGGAAUUUUUGGAAAAGUUUAAAGCGAUGAAAGAAUGUGUGAAUACAUAUUUUGUAACUGUUAUCGAAGAUUUAAACACUAAUAAAAUAAUUGGUGCUGCUACUCUGGUUGUGGAGCAUAAAUUUAUUCAUCGCUGCAGCAAGAGAGGACAUUUAGAAGAUGUUGUUGUCAACAAUACAUACAGGGGUAAACAAUUAGGAAAAUUAAUCGUAGUGACUGUAACACUUCUUGCAAAACAACUCGGAUGUUACAAAAUGUCACUGGAAUGCAAAGAUAAAUUGAUACCGUUUUAUGUCAGUUUAGGAUAUAAGUUGGAACCUGGAAAUAGUAAUUCGAUGGUUCAAAGAUUUAAUGUUGCACCAUCCUGA